CUAUCCCCACUACGAUCCUUGAAAGCCGGGAUGAAAUCAAUAGGAAGCUCACGCGAACGUUCCGUAUUCGAAUAAAUUCAUUCGUACGCGAAAUUUCACGGAGUGUCGCGCAUGAGGGAAGCAUCGAGAGAGCGAACGCGAUGAAGAACGCGAGGACACGGUUUUAAUGCCGCGUAUGUCGCGUUUCGAUAGGGAUAAUAAGAAUAUCGGAUCAUCCCCUCCAGUGCGUCGUUCACCGCCCGUAAAAUCCCAGACGGUCAAAUUCCAUGAGGUAGUGAUUCUCGUUCGAAAACUCUCAGCGAUUAGCGACGAUGGCUGUGAUUCACGUAAGAAAAGUGCGAUACUUGGUGUCGUGCUGUUGGGGUGUGUCGUAGGGCAGACAGAAAGUAUAAGAAAUUUAAGUUUGUCUGUCACGGAUAAAUGACAAAAUUUGACAAGCGACUAUCAAGCGAUGAUAGGGCUCGUUAUACUUUUAACGUUGACGAAAGCGAUCGGAGGUUCGUUACCUCCAGACGACGCCGACAAUGUGUUGCAUAUCGGUGGAAUUUUUCCGAUAGCGGGCGAAGGUGGAUGGCAGGGUGGCCAGGCUUGCAUGCCAGCGGUGAACUUGGCUUUAGACGAUGUUAACCAUGAGAAAAAUUUGCUACCUGGAUUCAUACUGAAGCUUCACUCAAACGACAGCGAGUGUGAGCCGGGACUCGGUGCCUCAGUGAUGUACAAUUUGUUAUAUUAUAAGCCACACAAGUUGAUGUUGUUAGCCGGAUGUAGUACCGUCUGUACGACUGUCGCUGAGGCAGCGAAAAUGUGGAAUCUAGUGGUGUUAUGUUAUGGUGCAUCUUCGCCUGCAUUAUCGGAUCGGAAUCGGUUCCCGACACUUUUUAGAACACACCCGUCAGCCACAGUGCACAACCCCACGAGAAUCAAAUUGUUACAAAAAUUUGGUUGGUCUCGAGUGGCAAUCUUGCAGCAAGCCGAAGAAGUGUUCAUAUCUACUGUAGAAGAUUUAGAGGCACGUUGCAAGGAGGCAGGAAUAGAAAUAGUCACACGUCAGAGCUUUUUGUCCGAUCCGUCAGAUGCGGUGAGAAAUCUGCGUCGCCAGGAUGCUAGAAUCAUCGUCGGUCUGUUUUACGUUGUGGCUGCGAGAAGAGUGCUUUGCGAAUUGUAUCAACAAAAGCUAUACGGUAAAAGCUACGUGUGGUUCUUCAUCGGUUGGUACGAGGACAAUUGGUUCGAGGUGAAUUUGGACAAGGAGGCAAUCGCGUGCACGAAAGAUCAAAUGAGGCUCGCUGCCGAAGGACACUUAACGACGGAAGCUCUCAUGUGGAAUCAAAAUAACGACACGACAAUUAGCGGAAUGACUUCCGAGGAUUUCAGACAGCGAUUAAAUAAAAUGCUGAAAGAGGAUGGAUACGACAUUGAUAACAAUCGCUACCCUGAAGGGUAUCAAGAGGCGCCUCUGGCAUACGACGCCGUUUGGUCGGUGGCAUUAGCUUUUAAUAAGACAAUGGAGAAGCUGAGUAAGCAAGGGAAAAGUCUAAAGAACUUCACCUACACCGACAAGGAGAUAGCAGACGAAAUUUACUCGGCGAUCAAUUCCACUCAGUUUCUAGGAGUAUCUGGUUUCGUUGCAUUUAGUUCGCAAGGUGACAGAAUCGCAUUGACCCAAAUCGAGCAAGUGAUCGAUGGAAAGUACGUCAAGUUGGGAUAUUAUGAUACGCAAAGUGACAAUCUGACUUGGAGAAACAUGGAAAGAUGGAUCGGUGGUAAAGUACCUCAAGACAGGACUAUCAUAAGAACUGUUCUGCGGACGGUCUCGUUGCCGUUGUUUAUUUGCAUGGGGACUAUAUCUUCGGUGGGAAUCUUAAUAGCGAUGGGACUAAUCAUUUUUAAUAUAUGGAAUAGGCACAGAAGAGUUAUAAUGUCGUCACAUCCUGUGUGUAAUACAAUAAUGCUGGUUGGGGUGAUAGCAUGUUUCGUGUCGGUGUUUCUAUUGGGAAUCGAUGGUAGAUUCAUUGCGCCGUGGGAAUAUCCAGCGAUCUGCCAAGCUAGAGCCUGGAUGCUAUCCACAGGAUUCACCCUUGCUUUCGGCGCGAUGUUUAGUAAAGUGUGGCGGGUCCACAGGCUUACGACAAAAACGAAAGCCGACCAAGCGAAAUUGUUCAUGGCUAAACAAAAAGUUUCGUCCAUACAGAAGAAAGUUCAACCGUGGAAGCUGUACACGAUGGUAAGCGGACUAUUGGUGAUGGAUAUAGUAUUAUUAGUCUCGUGGCAAGUGCUUGAUCCUUUACAAAGGAAAAUAGAGACCUUCCCGCUGGAGUUAUCUCCGUUUGGCGAUGACGAUGCAAGAAUUAGACCCGAAUUGGAACAUUGCGAGAGCAUACACAAUAACAUUUGGCUUGGUUUGAUUUACAGCUACAAGGGGCUCAUUCUGGUGUUCGGAUUAUUUCUGGCAUACGAAACGAGAAGCAUCAAAGUUAAACAGAUCAAUGAUUCUAGAUACGUCGGGAUGUCGAUAUACAAUGUGGUUGUCCUUUGUUUGAUCACAGCUCCGGUGACGAUGGUGAUUGCCAGCCAGCAAGACGCUAGUUUCGCUUUCGUUGCACUCGCCAUUAUUUUCUGCUGUUUUCUAAGCAUGGCGCUAAUUUUUGUGCCUAAAGUAAUCGAGGUGAUUAGGCAUCCAAAAGACAAGGCUGAAUCUAAAUACAACCCGGACGUGGGUAUGUCGAAGGAAGACGAAGAGAAAUAUCAGAAGCUUCUCAGCGAGAACGACGAGCUUCAGAAACUCAUAGCCGCGAAAGAAGAGAAGAUCAAACUUCUAAAACAGACAUUGGCCGAGCGAGAUGCAUUGAAAGGUGGCAGCGGAAACGUUCCGAAGGAUUCGUUGAUAGUCGCCGAUUUUGUAACCGGCGAGGGGACUUCAGAUAGCGCAAUCGGUGGGGGUAUUUCUGUUUAUACACAAUCAUCUCGAGCUUCUGCUUCUGACUUUGAGUUUUCAGGAUCGUAUUUGUAGAUUCGUAGCGCGUUAAGUUCCGCCCUUUUGGGCAGGAACUCUAAUCAAUUUUAAAAAAGUGGGACCUAAAUGGAUAAAAGUACCUACAUUGUUUCUCUCUUAUAACGAUGUUUAUUUUUAAGUCUUUUUUAAAAAGUCGAAUCACGCGAUGUAUUUUCUCGUUCUCUGCCUCUUUUCUGCAAACAAUAUCUAUAUUUAUAUCGCACGCCGUCGCGAUGCGACACUCGUCGCAAUUUUUAACGAAACUUCGCAGGAAAACGGCACACCGAAGUUCUGACAAGCAAACAGGCGACUCGUUAACUCGAGACAGCUUUGUUUCCAAAAAUUCGUAGUUCGUACAAUGUGCAGCCUCCUCCUGAGGCUCUCGCACUCUCUAUUUAUGUACUCGGUGUCUAAACGUAUAAAUGUUGGAUGUAUGUAUAUACCAAGCAAAGUAAUAAGUGUGCGUAUGCGUAGUGCGAUUAGUAGCUCUCUGUAUAAAACAGAUCCAUACGCGCAAGUUGGCCUACGACUCUCGCGCGCCGUUCUCGUUUACAACGAUCUUUUUCGUUAUGUCGAGAGAGUCUGUUGCACAGUUGCAAAUGUCGAGACUAUCGAGAUUUUAUUAUUAUACGGAUAUUUGUACAGAGAAGUUUUAUCAAACGAAUCAAUUCUUUAUUAAAUCACUGACAAAUUUGCAUCACGUUCCCUUGAAUACCGAGGUUCAUCGGUGUUCGACGAGAAUGUCGCAUGAAAAUUGAUUAACGCAACACGGACCAAACACUUCGUAAAAUAUUUCCUGUUGACUUUCGAAUAUUUUAUGCAAACUAUGACAUGGAAUUAUCGCAUUCUCUUGGUACAAAACGCCAACGUGAUAAUGCAAAAUGAUCCGAAUUUCUUCGCGAACGGUUUACACGGGUCCAAGAAAGAGAAAAGAAAAGACAAAAGGAACAUUUUCCGUUCAUCUGCAAAUAUCUCGAAUUAUACGUUCUACACGAGAUACAUCAUUCAAUUCAUAUUGGAUAUUGUAUAAUUUAAACCGCGAUCCGCUUAACCAAAGCGCAAACUGGCAUUACGGACGUUUCGUUUGCUCCAGGCCUAAAUUUUUUUAUAUGGUUCACGCAUGAUUUGUAACGAUUGCAGUUAAAUCUCGUUAGACAAUGACCUGGUCGUUUCCGAGAUAGCGAAUCGAUGUGAACCUCAUGAAGUCUGCUCCCAAAUUGUACGAAAUGUUGCACGGCACGCGAAAUUGGUGUUUAGCAAGAAUUAAUGUUCAAUCGCGGGCAACACACAUGGUACACACACGCAAAACAGUGAACGUGCUAACGAGAUUUAAACGCUUCAAAUACUGCGCCAUUCAUAAAUAAUUUGGGAGUCUUGAUGAGGUGGAUCGACGUACUUUAUGGCCAACUAACGUUUAAUCUUUCAGAUCUUGCACCCUUUGAUGACUGAUCUAAAUGUAAAGGUGCUCGGGUUAUCUGAGUCAAAUGAAAUAUCAAUUAUUUAUGAAUGGGCAAGGAAACUUUCUACGCUUAUCCCGUAUGAUAUCUGAAGGAUUAUCGUUUUUAAAUUCUUCUUUUUAGAAACGGACCAGGUUGGCUGAACGCACGAGCCCCGUCGAUUAGGAUGACAAAAGCAAUACGAGCAUAUGAACAUACGAACGAGCUAAAAGCUCAUGGCGAAACGCUCUAUUUCUCUCUCACUUCUAAAACUAGAAUUAAAUGUACACAUGCGUGAUGGAACUGCAUGUUCUUAUUUUCUAAUCGGAAACAAACCGAGGAUCGUGUUUAUAGCGACGGAAAUUAUCAUUAUAUCGCCAAUUUAUUUCGCCACGCAUAGCGUGAAUCUGUAGAAGACUUAGACUUGUGUUAAUGGAGUGUGAUUUCCCGAAUGGGACGCAGUAGCUUUCAUGUUUCUAUCCCUUUUUUUUUUUUUUUCAAAAUUCUUUAAACAGACAUACGGACUGCUUGAGAAAACAUUUACAAAUGUCGUGCAAUUGAGUUCAUGUCACGACUUAUUGUUAGUCGACACAAGAUGUUAUACCAAAGAAGAUAUAUUUGAGGAUUGUUUUUGACGGAAGCCAAAAGUUUAAACUUUGUAAACGUGAAUAUUAAAGUGUUUGAAAAUUGUUGUAUUCAGAAACCGUUUUACAUUAUCAACGGGAAGAUAAUGUGAUUUGACUGCAAUUCAAAUUUUAUCGGUACACAAGACGACUUAUCUGUAUAACGUAGAUUGGAUAAGCCACGAAGCACAAGUUUUUCGUACGUGCAUUUCAAUUUUGCCACUCUACGUAUACAUGAUGUUUAGAGAAAUUUUACGAACGUUUCUGUUGAAUCGUUUCUAGUAUAAUCAUUGUCACGCUCAUCUACGUAUUUUUUACUAUACUUCUUCGAUCGACUAUCGCGCGAAUUGCGCUUGACUACAAUAUUAUUAUACGAUAUACAUUAGUCUUAUUGAACUGUUAAAGAAAGUAUCAUAUAUAUAUAUACACACAUAUAUAUAUAUAUAUAUAUACGUUAGGAAAUAUGGAAAUAUAUUUAUUUUUAAGUUUCUAAAUUAUAAAAUUCGUUAAAAAUUCAUAUUGCAUCUGUUAUUGAUGACCCUGCGCUUGUCGAAAAAAAGCGUCCGCUUCGGAUAUCCAUUAAUCGUUUACGGAUCUUUGCUGUGUUACAGUUUUAUAAUUGUAUGUACGAUACGUUUUCGAACUUAAAAACGAAAACAAAUAAUUCACGUAAAUAUAUUAUUGCUUUGUUAUCAUAAACUCUAACAAGUUUACGGGAAGGCAAAUGAAUUUUGUUUUUUGGGGAGAUGUAAAAUAACAAAACGUAUCAUUCUCAAAGAAAUAUGUAUAUUUAAUACAUCAUAGAUCCAUACGACGAUUAUGAAAAAUAUGUAGUACAAAUGAGAUACAGUUGUAUUAAAAAAAUCAAAUAAACUUAGUUAUAAUUUAAGA